AUAGAAAUAUAACGCAAACAACGGAAAUAUUCAAAACCCAACAAAUCUCCUCCUCCUUCUUUCCUUUAUUUUCUCUCCACCGUCGACUCUCUCUUCCAUUCAUUUCCCACAUUACGUAAUUAAACUCUGUAUUUCUUUCUCCAUUUUUAUUGAUUUAAAACUCUCCCAUUUCCCUUUCCCUCCCUGGUUUAUCUUUUUUCUUGUGAAGGGGCGAGACGAGGUUCUGCUAUAGCAGAAUGGCGCCGCGUCUCUUAAACUGCUUUGGCAAGGGUAACCAUUCCUCCGCCUCCGCCUCCGGGAACCAAGUGCAUGAGAAGGGGAAAAGCAACGUGACGGUGGAUGCUUCUGCGGAGGAGCAGCGGCGUGCUGGUGCUAUUAUGGUGGAGCUAUUCUCUUCACAGGGGUGUGCGACGUCACCGGAAGCUGAAUUGUUGGUGUCAAGGCUAGCGAGAGGAGACUUCGCCCUGGAAACGCCAGUGAUAGUGUUGGCUUUUCAUGUAGAUUAUUGGGACUAUAUGGGAUGGAAAGACCCUUAUGGUUCUAGCCAAUGGACUGUUAGGCAAAAGGCUUACGUUGAGGCACUGAAGCUUGACACUAUCUUCACACCACAAGUUGUUAUUCAGGGUAGGACUCAGUGUGUGGCCAAUGAGGAGGAGGCUCUUUUGUCUUCCAUCAUGAGUGCACCCAAAUUUCCUUCCCCAACGUUUCAGGCAACCUUCCAGUGUCCUACAUCAGAUUCCUUGCAAGUCAAUUUAUCAGGAGCCUUAAGGUCUAAAGUUGACAGUAAUGGUGCAAAUAUAAUGGUGGCUCUCUACGAGAGUGGAUUGGUGACAGACUGCCCCACGGGGGAGAACAAAGGGCGUAUGUUGUCUAACGACUACGUCGUUCGAAAGCUCGAAAAGCUAUGCACUGUCAAGGACAUCUCUGCCAAGAAGACAGUUUCAGGAACUGUUAAUUUUUCCCUUUGGGAUGGCUUCAAUUGCAGCAAAUGUGGUAUUGCUGUUUUUGUGCAAGACAACUCCCAUCAAAUUUUUGGUUCUCAGAACUUUCAGUUGCCAGAUAACAUAUGAGAAUUUCAUAUUCAUUCAUUUAUUCAUACUAGAAUUUUUAUGUACUCUGGCUACUACGUUAGAUCCCAAUGUACAGGAUGAGUUGGAUUACCAAUAUCCUCUUCCUUUCCUUUUUUUUUUUUUUUUUUUAAUGUGUUUUUGCAGUUGGAUUUAUGUGUAGGAGAUGGAGAGAGACAUUUAACACUUUCAUGAGAUGAAUUUCAUUCACAGUCGUGGAUUUUCAUUUUUCUUGA